AAAAUCGCUAAUUCCCCAAAAAUAUUUCAGAAACAGCAAUUUCAGCAGAAACAAAACCCUAAACCCCGACAAAAUUAAACAGAGAGCCAUGGCGCGGAGGAAGCCGGUAACUGCAAACGCAUCGGCGGGGAAGGAUCGGAAGCCGGAGGCGAAGCGGCAGAGCAACUCCGAACGGUCGGCUUACUUCGCCCGGAGAGAAGCCGCUAAAGUGCUGCGCAGCGCGCUUCAGGGCGAUGCUCGGCGGCGAGCCGUCGGGUCAAUUAAGUCGCUCGUUUAUAGCCCUACCGUCAGGAACAAGAAGGCUACAUUUGCGUUGGUUUGCGAAACUCUCAAGCAUCUCUCAGUUAUUAAGGAGGUUAUGGAGGAGGCAGACGUUGUAAAUUCCAAAUGGAAGAAGCAGAAUGAGCUAUUGUAUAUCAUCACAUAUGAUUUACUUUUUGGACAGCAAGAUUUAUUAACUGGUGAUGCUGAGAAGCAUCUGAUGUCAAAGAAGGAUGCAUUGCAAUCAGCUCUAUCACGGAUUUUAAGGCGCAAGGGACUGAAAAAUGUAAAAGACUUGAUGGCUCUUGAUAAAACUGCGGAGCUACAGAAACCUCGUUAUGUUCGAGUAAAUACUUUAAAGAUCGACACUGAAUCUGUCAUAAGCGAAUUAAGACAACAAUUUUCGGUCCAAGAGGAUGACACAGUCCCAGAUUUACUGGUCCUCCCACCAGGUGCUGAUUUACACAAUCAUCCUCUGGUAAAAAAUGGAAGUGUUUUCCUGCAGGGUAAAGCAAGCUCCAUGCCUGCCGUAGCUCUUGAUCCUAAACCUGGAUGGAGGGUUAUCGAUGCUUGUGCAGCUCCUGGGAACAAAACUGUCCACCUUGCUGCUCUCAUGAAGGGCGAGGGCAAAAUUAUAGCUUGCGAACUUAACAAAGAAAGAGUAGAGCGCUUGAAAAAUAAUGUCAAACUCUCUGGCGCAACGAAUGUGAAAGUUAAACAUGAAGACUUCUUAAACCUUGAUCCUACUGAUCCCUCACAUUCCACGAUUCGAGCUAUACUCUUGGAUCCAUCAUGCUCUGGAUCUGGGACUGCUCUUGAGAGACUAGAUCAUCUACUUCCAUCACAUAGUGCAGACCGGUCUAGUUAUGUCGACACGGCGCGGCUUCGCAGGCUUGCAGCGUUCCAGAAGAGGGUCCUCGAGCAUGCGUUAUCUUUCCCAGCAGUGGAGAGAAUCGUUUACAGCACAUGUUCAAUACAUCAAAUCGAGAACGAAGAUGUUGUCAGCUCGGUUCUGCAUCUCGCAUCAUCUCGUGGCUUCCAACUCGAGACACCGUUUCCCCAGUGGCCUCGCCGCGGCCUCCCCACGUUUGAUGGCUCUGAACAUCUGUUGCGAACGAAUCUGGAAGAAGAUAAAGAAGGGUUUUUUGUAGCUCUAUUCGUUAGGAAAGAAAAUCGAGAAGAUCGUCGUCGGAAGCAGCAGCGUACAGCUCGAAAGCCUCUCAACUUCUUUGUAGCCAAACUUCUUAAAUUGGUUUAACUCCAUUACCACAAGGUAAUUUAAUUUUUACCCAAACUUUUGAUA